AUGGUCCUGACCCUACGUGCCCCAGCGAUGACACCAAACCCAGUCACCUCCUUAACCAGUCCACCCACCUGGACCGAUGGACACCCAAAACCAGUUGCCUCCAUUAACCGUCCCCACCCUGGAAUCAGGAAUAGCCAGCCCCCCUCCCCGUGCCUAAGGACCACCACCAUGUCUGACCGGAUGAGCCCCACCCACAUGUCCUUGAACCCUGGACGAUGCAACCCACCAGUCUCGCCCUGGACCCGAGCACCACCAUCUGUCCUGACCCUAGACGAGUUGCCACCCAAAACCCAGUCCCACCUACCAACCAGUCCCCCCACCACCUGUAAUCCAGGAACCACAGCAGGACCCAAUGGCCAGGUCACCCCACCAUGUCCUGACCCUGGACGAUGCACCCACCAUUUCCUUGACCCUGGACGAAUGCCACCAACCCAAGUCAUCUACCUAACCAGUUCCAACCCACCUGUAAUCAUGGAACCAGCACGCCCACGUGCCCAGGGCCAUGGACCACCCACCAUGUCCUGGACCCUGGACGAUGACCACCCACCAUGUCCUGAACCCCUGGACGAAUGCACCCCACCAUGUCCUGACCCUGGGACGAUGCCCCCUCCCAUAGUCAUUGACCAUGGACGCUGCCAACCCCCACCAUGGUGUCCUGACCCCCUGGACGAUGCCGCCAAACCCCAGUCACCUAACCAACCUGGUCCACCCACCUUUAAUAUCAGUAACCAGCAGCGCCCAGGGCCAUGGACCACCCCCACCAUGUCCAUGAACCCUGGACGAUUGACCAACCCCCAUGUCCUGAUCCUGGACGAUGCACCACCAUGUCCUGACCCUGACGAUGCACCCACAUGUCCCGACCCUGGACGAUGCACCACAUGUCCGACCCUGGACGAUGCACCCCCAUGUCACUGCCUGGACGAUGCACCCACCAUUCCUGACCCGGACGAGUGCAACCACCCAUGCCUGACCUAG